AUGCAACCAAGAUAUCUGGGACCUAUGAUUGUGGUACGUCGAACAAAGGGAGGUUCAUAUAUAGUUUGUGAACUAGACGGAUCAGUCAAUCACAAUAAAAUUGGAGUGUUCAGAGUCAUUCCGUAUUUCGCAAGAGAAAGGAUCGACUUACCUGAGCACUUCAGUACACUUAUUGAUGCAAGCAAUGAGGAACUGGAUGAAAUCGAAAACACAGGCGUUGAAGAAAGACCUAACGCAAGAGAUUACUACUUUGAAGGAGUUAAUCUUGAUGGGUCUUCCGCAGAUGAAUCCAGGGACUUAGAAGAAAUCAAAGAUUUAAGUGAAGAAGAGGCUUAG